AUGUUUAUACUUUACGAAACACCAGCAGGAUAUGCCAUCUUCAAGCUGCUGGAUGACAACAAAUUUAAGGAGAUCGACAAUCUGUACCUGGAGUUCGAAACUCCAGAACAGGCGAACAAGAUCGUUAAGUUGAAACAUUUUGAAAAAUUUGCCGAUACAACGGAAGCUCUCUCGGCCGCUACUGCUGCUGUUGAGGGGAAACUAUCGAAGUCGUUAAAGAAAGCACUCAAGAAGUUGGUGGUAGAUGAUGUACAGAACCAGCUGCUCGUUGCUGAUGCCAAGCUUGGUAAUGCGAUCAAAGAAAAGCUUGCGUUACAGUGCGUUGCAAAUACAUCGGUGCAGGAACUGAUGCGUUGCAUUCGCUCACAAUCGGAAAGCUUGCUGUCUGGGUUGCCGAAGAAGGAGAUGACGGCCAUGUCACUUGGUUUGGCCCAUUCGCUUUCCCGAUAUAAGCUUAAGUUCUCACCGGACAAGAUCGAUACGAUGAUCGUGCAGGCUCAAAGUUUGUUGGACGAUCUGGACAAGGAGCUGAACAACUACAUGAUGCGAGUGAGAGAAUGGUACGGUUGGCAUUUCCCAGAGUUGGGAAAGAUUCUGACUGAUAACGUAGCAUACGUGAAGGUCAUCAAAUUGAUCGGCAUGAGGGACAACAUUGCAGAUACAGAUUUGUCCGAUAUUUUAAUGGACGAGCUUGAACAGAAGGUAAAGGAAGCGGCUGAAAUUUCAAUGGGUACGGAAAUUUCGGAAGACGACAUUACAAACAUUCAAAGUCUUUGCGAUGAGAUCAUCUCGAUCAAUGAAUAUCGUUCACAUUUGAGCGACUAUCUGAAGGCUCGCAUGAUGGCCAUGGCACCUAAUUUGACAGUCCUUGUCGGAGAAACCGUAGGCGCUAGAUUGAUUGCACACUCCGGGUCGUUGGUAAAUUUGGCAAAAUUUCCUGCCUCAACACUUCAAAUUUUGGGUUCGGAAAAGGCUCUGUUCCGUGCGCUGAAGACAAAGAAAGAUACACCGAAGUAUGGUCUCAUCUAUCACGCCAGCAUGGUCGGUUCAGCCAGUAUCAAAAACAAGGGACGUAUUUCUCGAUCAUUGGCUGCCAAAGCUUCACUGGCCACACGUGUGGACGCAUUCGGUGAUGAUGUCACAAUGCAGCUAGGUAUUGACCAUAGGGCGAAGCUAGAAACCCGACUCCGCAUGCUGGAGGAAGGGAACAGUACAAGACUGUCCGGCGUGAAGGCGAAGGCAAAGCUGCAGAAAUUCCACGCCGUCAGCGAGGUGAAAACAUUCAAAGUCGCCACCGACAGUACGCUACCGUCGUCUUCUUCCAAGAAAGUAAAAGCAGAUGAUGAAGCUGCAAAUGCACCUUCGCCGAAGAAGAAGAAAGUAGUACAGGAUGCUGAUAUGGAGCAAACUCCAGAGGUCGAAAUGGGUGAAGGAUCCGCUACGAAAAAGAAAAAGAAGAAGGAAUCCGUCGUAGAGAAAGAACCCGAGCUGGGUGAUGGUUCCGCGAAGAAGAAGAAGAAGAAGAGCAAGAGCGAAUCGGAACAACCGGCUGAUGAAAGUAUGAUAGCCGAAAGUGACGAAACGCCUGCGUCCGGAAAGAAGAAUAAAAAAUCGAAAGCAAAAAAAGCCACUGAAGAAGAGGAUGAGUAA